AUGUUAAUUGGAGAUGUUGAGGUAGAACCGGAACCUAAUGUGAACCUGUUGCUUAUUUUAUGUGGCAGUGAGGAAGCAACAACGGAUAACGAUUCCUUUAACUUGUUGUGCAAAAUCUGUGCAGCUAAUAUUAUCAGUGAUCGUACAAAGCUUUAUUGGCUUCGACAUCAACCACCCACAUUACUUCCAAAAGAAUCAACACUAGAACCAUGGCAACUUUCGCGUAUCACGCUGCGUUAUUUCAAUGAAAAACUCACUAGCGGUGUUGCUGCAUUCUGUGCUUUUGCUCAUACAUUCUCCUUUGUGGAAAUUGGUGUCAUUGUGGAGUUUUAUGAGAGUGACAUACCACAUGAAGAAUCACUCUCAACAAUAUUAGCAUUACUUUCCGAUAUGGGUAAUUAUUUCUCGAUGAUCUCAAAGGGUGCAUUAUUCCAGCAAAAUAUAUUUCCGGUAACUGCUUUGAUUCGAACUUCUCGAAUAUAUGAUUAUGGAUUAGUGGCAAGUCUAUAUACGAACUGCAUGUUAUGUUUUGAAAAUGGCGUUUGUAAAAAUAUGUUAGCCAAAUAA